UGAUGAUGAUGAUGAUGAUGAUGGAGAGCGGGGCGACACGCAGUGGGAGCCGCGGUCUGCCUCUCUUUUUCCUGCUGCUUCUCAGCAGCUGCUGCCACAUGUUGCACUGCCAAGAAGUGGCGCCCUACCUGCGAGGGGGUGGAGCGGGGCAGCAGGUGGUGUUGGAGGGGAACCGGCUGGUGCUGACCUGCCUGGCUGGAGGCAGCUGGCCCCUGCAGUACCGCUGGACUCUCAACAACAGCAACGUCACAGACUGGACGCCGCAGUACAGGUUAUUUUUGCCUUCUCUGAAGAGAACUGAUGCUGGCCAGUAUCAGUGUAUGGCGAGGAACAGGAUGGGAGCGGUGAUACACAGGAGGACGGAGGUGCAGGUGGCCUUUUUGGGGAAUUUCACAGGAGAGGAGCAGAGAAAAACGGUUACUCAGGGCCGAGCGGCCGUCAUCAUCCCGCCGUCUCUGGCAUCCUUUCCCCGUCCGGUGGUCACGUGGUACAAAGACGGGCAGAAAAUCAUCCCCAACAGUCGAAUAGCAAUCACUUUGGACAAUCAGCUGGUCAUCUUGGCAACCACGGCGACGGAUGCGGGCCGCUACCAGGUGGAGGCGGUGAACGAGAUGACGGGAGAGAACGUGACGAGUCCUGCCGUCUACCUGAGUGUCUCAGUCGGCAAGAAAAACCGUGGGUCAACAGAUCCGGAGUCAGAGCAAGUAGCUCCAGCAAUCGUGAUUGGACCCAAAGACACAACAGUGGUGACAGGGAGCGAGGCCACACUGGAGUGCAUUGCAAAUGCCAGACCGGUGGACGGCCUGGUGGUCGUGGAAACGUGA